CCGGAAACCACCCAAAACAGCCGUUAUGGAGUCCAUUAUCAACUCCUUCGUCCUCUUCACCACCACCACAUCCGCAGCAAUCUUCGUCUCCGCCCUUGUGUUUGUUUUCUUCACCUUCUUCUUCAUCAAAAACCGCCGGCGCCGGCCAUGGAAAAUAUCGUCGCCUGUACCAUCGUCGUCGGUGGUGGUUAGGAGGAUUCUCUUAGGCACCACGGGAUGGCCUUUCAUCGGUGAAACCCUAGAUUUCAUCUCCUGCUGUUACACCGAUCAUCCUCAAUCGUUUAUGGAUAAACGUCGUCUCUUGUAUGGGAAGGUGUUCAAAUCCCAUUUGUUUGGUAGUCCAACGAUCGUGUCGACUGAUGCAGAAGUGAGUAAAUUUGUGUUACAAAGCGAUGCGAACAGUUUCGUGCCUUCAUAUCCGAAAUCACUCACGGAGUUGAUGGGAGAGUCGUCGAUUCUGAGGAUCAAUGGAAGCUUGCAUCGGAGAAUCCAUGGCCUCAUUGGUUCUUUCUUCAAGUCGCCGUAUCUAAAAGCUCAAAUCACUUCUGACAUGCGAAAAUUACUUCUUCAAUCCAUGGCUACAUGGAAUGAAGAUCGUCCUAUUUACAUUCAAGAUGAAACCAAACAUAUCGCAUUUCAAGUACUGGUUAAAGCUUUAAUCGGACUGGAUCCCGGUGAAGAGAUGGAGUAUUUAAGGACCCAAUUUCAAAAAUUCAUUGCGGGACUCAUGUCUUUACCUAUAAAAUUACCUGGAACUCAACUUCAUCGAUCAUUACAAGCCAAGAAAAAAAUGGUAAAUUUGGUCCUUCAAAUUAUUCAGGAUAAAAAAAUAAAAAGAGUUGGUGUUUGGCAAGAUUCAACGGAUGUGGCUGAUGUCCUCCUCAAGGAUAAGAGUGAAAAGUUAACAGAUAAAUUAAUAUCUGAUAAUAUGAUUGAUUUAAUGAUUCCCGGAGAGGAUUCCGUGCCAUUACUAAUGACACUAGCUAUCAAAUACUUGUCAGAUUGUCCUAAAGCUCUCCAUCAACUUAAGGAGGAAAAUUUGGAGUUAAAGAAACGUAAAGAAGAGCUCGGAGAUCCGUUGUGUUGGGAUGAUUAUCUAUCGUUGCGAUUUACACAAAGUGUGAUUACAGAAACCCUAAGAAUGGGAAAUAUAAUAAUGGGAGUGAUUAGGAAGGCUAUGAAAGAUGUGGAGAUCAAAGGGUACCUCAUACCAAAAGGAUGGUGUGUGUUGACUCAUUUCAGAUCGGUUCAUCUUGAUGAAAAUCACCAUGACUCCCCUCACCAGUUCAACCCUUGGAGGUGGCAAAAUAAGGACAUGAGCAGUGGUAGCAGCAGUUGCUUCACUCCUUUUGGAGGAGGACUAAGGCUCUGUCCCGGGCUUGAUUUGGCCAGACUCGAAGCUUCCAUAUUCCUCCACCACUUUGUUACCGACUUCAGGUGGGUAGCUGAAGACGACACCAUAAUCAACUUCCCAACAGUAAGAAUGAAGAAUAGAAUGCCAGUUUGGGUCAAAAGAGAAAAUUAAGUGGGGUGGAGUGGGGGUGGGUGGGUGGUGUGAUGAUUGAUGUCAAUUGACAAAGACCCAUAUAUGCUGGUCUUGCACAGCAGAAUGUCGAUGGGGGCCUUUAAUUUGGUGUAAAAGCUGGAAGAAGAACCACACGUGUGGGUGGGGGCAUCAAGUGAGAUGAUGAAAUGUUUGUCCCAUCUCCCAAAUUAUUACACACACAUGCAUAUGUUAAAAAGGAUUAAAGGAUACAUGUGGAGAGGAGUUCAAUAGGAACACUUAAAUAUAUAAACUUGAAUAGGGUUAAUUAAUUUUUCAUAGUUACUUUUUUUCAUAUUGAUUAGGGAUCAAAUCUAGUAUAAUUAAUGUAUAAUGUUCAUUAAUAUUACACGUACAUGUAUAAAGAGCGUAGGAUUUUAUCUUUAUUUUUGUAUAAACAUUCUAAAAGACCAC